UGCGCCAGCCCUGUCACCUCUCCAGCCGUGCCACCUCUCCAGCCGUGUCCCCGCACAGCCGAGUCCCCGCACAGCCGGCACCGCACCGCCGGCACCUCGCCGUGCCGUGCCGUGCCGUGCCCGGACCCUGCCGCCGCCCCAGCAGCGCGCCCGCCGCCGCCGUCGCUGGUCAGCCUCUGGGGAAAAAGCUCCCGCGGACCCGUCUCCCACCCUAGUAUGGGAUGGGCGAGCCCUGCGAGCGCGGUGCCUGCUCGCCUGCCUCUGGCAUAAAGGAAGGAGCGGACAGGGAGUCCUGGGACACGCCGCUGGCUUUCCUGGAGAGCACUCAGAUGGACAACGGGAGCAACGUGUCCUUCCUGCAGUUCUUGAAGACUAUCAACCUGGAGCGAGCCGACGGGAUGCAGGGGGACAGUUCUGACGUGGUGCGGAUUGUCAUUUCACUGGUGUACUCCGUGGUGUGUGCCCUGGGACUGGUGGGCAACCUGCUGGUGCUCUACCUGAUGAAAAGCAAGCAGGGCUGGAGGAAAUCCUCCAUCAAUCUCUUUGUCACCAGCCUGGCAGUGACUGACUUCCAGUUUGUGCUGACCUUGCCAUUCUGGGCAGUGGAGAACGCACUGGACUUCAACUGGCUCUUUGGCAAGGCAAUGUGUAAGAUCGUCUCCUAUGUGACAGCAAUGAACAUGUAUGCCAGUGUGUUCUUUCUCACUGCCAUGAGUGUGGCUCGAUACCGCUCUGUGGCUUCAGCCUUGAAGAAUCAGCGUCGAGGAGACCCGCUGGGUGGCUGCUGCUCUGCCAAGUGGCUUUGUGCACUCAUCUGGCUGUCAGCUGUCCUGGCUUCCCUGCCCCAUGCCAUUUUUUCCACCACUGCCACUGUCUUUGAUGAUGUCCUCUGUCUUGUCAAGUUCCCAGAGGGCCGAGGCAACAAUGCCCAAUUCUGGCUGGGUCUGUACCACAUCCAGAAGGUGCUGCUGGGCUUCCUGGUGCCGCUGGUUGUCAUUAGCCUCUGCUACCUGCUCCUGGUGCGCUUCAUCAGUGACAAGCACGUGGGCAGCACCUGCAGCGGCCCCAGCAUCAAGCGCCGCUCCAAAGUGACUAGGUCAGUGUCCAUCGUGGUGCUGUCCUUCUUCUUGUGCUGGCUGCCUAACCAAGCACUUACAACCUGGGGGAUACUCAUCAAACUCAACGUGGUGCACUUCAGCAACGAGUACUUUCUCUCCCAAGUGUACCUCUUCCCCAUCAGUGUGUGCCUGGCACACUCCAACAGCUGCCUCAAUCCCAUCCUCUACUGCCUCAUGCGCAGGGAGUUCCGCAAGGCACUGAAGAGCCUCCUCUGGAGGAUCACCUCCCCUUCCCUCACCACCAUGCGCCCUUUCACUGACACCACCAAGCCUGAGAAGGAGGAGCAGGCCCUGCAUGCCGUGAUGCCUGUCCAGCCUGUCCCUGCUGCUCCCCGUGCUGCAGCCGUGCAGGCAGAGGUGGCCUAUUACCCGCCCGGGGUGGUGAUGUACAGCAGCCGCUAUGACCUGCUGCCUGCCAGCUCCAUGGAGCAGCACUGCUGAGAGGGCAGGGGGCUCUGGGGGCUGGCACAGUGCCAGAUGUGGCCUGGGGAUAUUGAAUGCCUGGUCAGGACAAGGGGAGGAGGGAUGAGUAAAGGAGGACUUGUGUGUGAGAGAUGCUCUUUUGCGGUUUUGUCUGCCCUCGGAGACACUUGAUGGAUGUUGCUGUCUGGAAGAUGCACCUUGAGCUGGAGAACAGGACUAGGACGAGUCUAACUUCAACAUCUGCCUGAUUCUGCUAUAAAGGCAUUUAUGCAGAGGGUUGUGUGUCACCUCUAAGUACUGACAUGGAGAAAACUUGCUAUUUCUGUCCAGAGAAAGCUGCUACCCCGUGUGGCAAUUACACUUUUGAGACUCUGUUAGGUGUACUGAAUUUGUUGGUAACUCCUGUUGUAAAAUUUGUUUGAUCUGAAAGCAGCUGGUUCUGCUACCUGCAAGGAGAAGUUAUCUUUUUUUCCAAGGCAGAAAAGACUUCUCCAGCCUUGGGCAUUUGCUAACGAGGAAGAUACUGAUUUACAAGUUGUCUGAAGAAGAGCAGCAGAAGUGAGCUGGCAGCUGAUGGGCACACUUACACAGAUGCAAAGACUCCGAAGAAAUCAGACAUAUCCACAGAAGAGCUUGAGCAUCUAAGUACUGUACAACUGCCUCUCUAACCUCCUAAAUCCUGACUUGGUUGACCGGUGAAGUCUGUAGGUACUUAAGUUUUUUCUAGUAAAAUUUUUGUGCCUAGAAACCUGUUCCUGAGCAUGCCUAAAUCUGCUUAAUUCUGUAGCACUUAUUUCUGUGCUUAAUGGGGAUAUUUCUGUUGGGGCUGGCCACAGUGAGCAUCCUGUGAGGGAGGCAACUCUGCAUCCUGACACGGAAGACCCUGUGCCAGGCCACACUAAGUCAGAAGCGGCUGUGAACUCAACUAAUUUCCCCCAUCCCUUUGAAUCUGUGCCUGGAUGUGCUGCUUCUGUUCCAGCUUCAAUGUAUGUGCAGAUUAUGCUCCUUCCUCCUCCCUUGUGAAAUGCUAAAUUAGUGGUCACAGCUAUCCCCCACAGCCUGAGAGAUUCAGUUCCCUUUUCCACAUCCCAGGGGAGUGGCUUAAUCUCUGGGCCACUUUGUGACUGUGCUCAUAUUCUCUGGCCUGAAACAGUUCCCUGUUGCCUGAGUUGCUCAGUGUUGCUGGAUCUUUAUGGCAACAAAAGCCCUCAAACUCGGCUUGGCAGCACAGUGGUUAGGGUGUAAUCUCCAAAGAGGAAUUGUGGAGAGAUUUUUUCAGCAAAUACAGAAUAGAAAUUGGAUCCAGAUCUGGGUUGUAGGUCUCCCCUUCCCAAGGACAGUGGUCAACUUCCUCCCAGCUCCUGUUUCAAUUAAAGUUCCAGUAUGCUAUCUAGGAACCCGAGGUCUUUCUAGAUCUGCUGGUAAAGCAGCUUAAUCUGCUAAAGGAUUUGCAAAAACCUGCAUUUCUGGUGUGGGAGAAAGCCCUAAUUUCUGUGUUGCAGGUGAAGAAAGUUGCACAGUUGUAUGAGAAAAGGUUACCAUAAGCUCUUAAUUCCAGAGUUCAGAGAGAGAUUCAUGUUUCUGUAGGCCAGGAGAAAGUAUCUAAAUUAAGGACAUGGGAGGAAUCUCAUAGCCAGAUGCUCUUCUUACUGUUUGCUUUUGAACAGCGUAAUUUCUUGCUUAACUUGCUGGAAAAUUUUUCCCUAUCUGAUGUUUAACUGUUCUUGUGCAUUGAAUAAACAGCUUUCCAAGCA